AACAAUCAGUCUCGAUUUGGUCCUCCAGGUGUAGAGCGAGCUCAAUAAAAUGUUAUCGUAUCGGGGACUGUGUGUCCUGGGGUUGAUAGUGACCAUUGGAAUAUGUUUGACAUCAUCGCGAGAAAUCUCCAGGCAAAAAAGGGAUGUUGCCGUUGCCGAUUUAGAAGCUGCGGCGUCCCACGGACACGGUCACCACUGGAAGAAAGGAGGAGGUAAAGAGCAUCAUGCUGAUCAUCAUAGCGGCCACGGGGAAAAGGGCGAUAAAGGAUACAAAGGCCACCACCACCACGAAAAAGGACACAAGGGCCACCACGACAAGGAAGGCCACAACAAACACUACGAAGAACAUGGGGGACACAAGAAGGGCCACCACCAUAAGGACGGUUACCAUGGUGAACACCACAAGGGAGAAAAGGGCGAGAAAGGCCACAAAUACGGAGAAAAGGGUUCCUACAAAAAGGGACACAGCACCAAAGGAGGACACGACGUCCACAAAAAAGAUGAGUACAAAAAGGAGAAACACUUCUACGAUGAAGACCACGACUCCGGUCAUCACGAGAAACACGGAGGGUACCACCAUCACGAUGGAUACAAGAAGGGCGGUCACAAAAAAGGUGGACACAAAAAGGGAGGACAUCAUGAAGACCACUACGGUAAAAAGGGACAUCACGAGCACGGAUCCCAUCAUCAUGAAGAUAAAGGCCACAAACAUGCCGGUGGACACGAUGAUCACUACCACCAUGGUUCCAAAUACGGGAAAAAGGGCGGACACGAGGGGCACAAAAAGUGGGGUUACAAAAAGGGACACAGUAGCGGUGGAGGUGGCGGCGGCGGCGGCCAUGGGGGCGGCGGCCAUGGAGGCGGCGGCCAUGGAUGGCAUUAACGUUGUUAUGUUUGUUGACAAAAUACUGUUUUUGUUGCUUUUUGUUCAACUUAUUAAUAUUAAAUGAAAAUAAAAUUA